AUGGAUUUAGAGGAAACGCCAGAACACGUACUUAUGGAGUACAGUAGUGUGGCGGCACAACGGGCACAAAUACUCCAAUUACCAGCAUCCCUUCCGGAUGCCUGCAGAAACUUAAAAAGACUGCUAGACUUCUGGAAUGAUCUGGGCUGGUUUGAAAUGAGAAACUAUAAAAGAAAAACGGAAAGAGGUACAACUAGUCAAGAAGUUUAUGAAUCUGCUGCGGCAGAAGUACUGCAGAAUAAAACGAGCAUUCGUAAAGCAAGCAAAAUGUUUAAUUUGUGUCCGAUGUCCUUAUCCAGUUGGAUCCAAAAUAAUAUGGCUGGGCCGGACUGGUUUAAAAGUUUUAUGCACAGAAAUCCUCAACUAUCUCUGAGAACACCAGAAGCUACAUCUUUGAGUAGAGCAACGUCAUUCAACAGAACCAACGUUAAAGACUUUUUUGACAAACUGCAAUUGUUAUUCCAAAAAUAUGAAUUCACUGCUUCGCGCAUAUGGAACGUUGAUGAAACAGGUGUCACAACGGUACAGAAGCCUAAAAAAAUAGUUGCUGCUCGUGGUCAAAAACAGGUCGGUGCGAUCACAUCUGCAGAAAGAGGAGUACUUGUAACGCUCACAUGUGCCAUAAAUGCUGCUGGAAAUUCAGUCCCGCCGAUGUUCGUUUUUCCCAGAAUGAGAUACACUGAUCUAUUUCUUCGUGCUGGACCAUCAGAAGCGAUAGGAGCAGGCAAUUCUUCAGGAUGGAUGACAGAAGUAGAAUUUUUAAAAUUCUUGGAUCAUUUCAUUCAACAUGUCAAACCUUCCAUUGAACAGCCCGUCCUCCUCCUGCUGGAUAACCACAACUCACAUGUAAAUUUUCACGUCGUGGAGAAAGCCAAAGUAAACAACAUAAUCAUGCUGUCGUUUCCCCCGCACUGCUCUCACAAUUUACAACCAUUAGAUGUAGGCGUUUAUGGCCCAUUUAAAAACCACCUUAAUCGAGCACAGACGGCCUGGAUGUAUAAUCAUCCAGGAAAAACAAUGACGAUUCAUGAUCUCCCAGGCGUGGUGAAAGAUUCACUGCCAUUGGCCCUAAAUCCUGUAAAUAUCAUGAGCGGAUUUCGAUCAACCGGGAUAUGGCCUUUUAAUCCUGAUAUCUUUCAAGACAGUGAUUAUGCACCUUCUUAUGUCACUGAUCGCCCCAAUCCAGAAACGAAUCAUCCCACUGCCUCGCAGAACACCUCCAAUUUGACACUGGACCUGGAAAAUCCGGAAUUGCUAGAUUCUGCGCCUCAACUGAACAUAAGCACAAAUGAAAUCAUACAGGCAAUCGAAACAGCAACCAAUCUAUUACCUGACACUAUUAACAAUAUUACUGUUUCACCUUCUCCAAAUCCAGCUUGUUCGCAAGAUAUAGAAUGUUUAACAACAUUACCGAGUGCAGAUUCGUCAAGUUUUAAAAAUAAAAUUGAAUUAGCGAUACCAGGUUCAUCUGGUAUACAAAGUACAUUUGAAAAUUUUUCGCCUUCAAAGAUAAGAUCCUUUCCCAAGGCAGAGGCUCGAAAACAAUCCAACCAUAACCGUCGUAAACGUAAAUCCGCUGUAUUAACCGACACACCUGAAAAAGACUCAUUACAAAAGGAGUAUGAAGAAAAACUGGCCAAGACCAAAAAAGCGUGCGACCAAAAUAAAGGAAAAGGUAAAGGAAAAGGGAAAUCUGCGAAAACGAGUAAAGUAGGAAAAGAAAAGGUGAAGAAAAAAAUUUUGGUUUCUGAUUCAGAUUCUGAUACUGAAGAAUGGUUUUGUUUAGUGUGUAGCGAAAGUUACAGUACUUCUAAAAAAGAAGAUUGGGUAGAAUGUUUAGAAUGCAAAAUGUGGGCCCAUGUCAAAUGUGUAACAGGAAACGUUCAAUUAUUCAUUUGUAUUAAUUGUAAUUCUGAUGAAGACUAA